AUGAGCUUUUAUCGGAAACAUACAAGUGUUUUUAAAGUUGAAAGCAGAUUGAGGAUACUCAGCGACUUGAGGGAACUUGCUUCCGCUGAGAGUUUGGAUGCCUUCAGCCUCAUCUAUUCAAAUAUUCUUGAACACCAACCAGACUGCCCGGCUGAAGUUGUUGAAAAGCUUGUUGGUAUGCGAGAAGACAUUACUCGGAAGGAUGCCAAGGAGGUCGUACAAGUUUGCAAGGAGAUAUAUGAGAAUUCCCUUGUUGAUGGAAGAACUCCAAAGACUGGAUUUGUUUUCCCACGAGUCAAGUGCCUAAAUAAUGCAUCAUCAAAAUCGAUAUGGCCUAAACUCACUUAAAUCAAAUCAAUUAAACUAUAUAAG